AUGGCUUGCGUCCGCUUAUCCACCCCUUCCGCGUCUCUGAUGAUAUUUACCGGCGUUUGUGACACAGCUGGAUCUCGCAAACACUCCCGUCGGAUUCGUGAGGCGAAUAUACACGGCGGUUUGCCCGAAGAUGAGGCAAGCGGACGCUGCGGUACCAGACGGAGAUGGAAUACCGCUUAUCCGACAGGAUGUUGUCCCUCAUACGGCUACUGCAAGAACGGAGCUUCUGUGCUGAACCAUCAGCAUAAUGCGGUGCUGCGGCGCAUUCAGAGUACUAACAGGAUGCGAAAGACUGCGUGUACACCGAUGCAUAGCCAUCACCAGGCUGACUACGCCUCUAUCGCACCAGCACACCUUGACAGAUCGAACAGUGGCACAGGCUACAAUUCGUCUCGGAGGCUUGACGAUAUCUUCCCGCCUGAUGCAUCUGCAUCUGGAUUUACGUGCAGAUGGCGGUACACGAAACGCGGCACAAGCGACAUGGCCGCUUGCACUGCGUACGGUGACACAAAAGGGUAG